AUGGGAGUCUCAGCUGUGGGUCUGGACCAUGUGACCCUGAACAGGAAGAGGACGCGUCUUCAAAUGACUCACACAUUCCGGCUCUGUCCGAAGCCACACUUCCAGACCCACACCUACAAGUCCAGACCUAGACCCAGAAUUCCGGACCCGGACCCGGACCCGGACGCCGCCAUGCGCUGCGGGUUCCUGCUGAGCCUGUGUCAGUACGAGACCACCAAACUGGUCCGGAUCCAGAGCGUCCGGCUCGGGUCCCUGAAGUGGGCUCUGAACGGGACCAUCCUGCUGGUCAUCUGUAUCAUGAUGCUGUGGAAUAAAAAGUACCAGGAGUUCGACCCAUUGGUCAGUUCAGUCACGGCCAAAGUGAAGGGCGUGGCCCAGACCCGCCUCCCUGGGUUAGGGGAGGUGGUCUGGGACGUGGUGGACUACAGCGGACCCUUUCAGGAUAAAAACUCAUUCUUCGUGGUGACGAACGUCAUCGUGACGAAGAAUCAGAAGCAGGGGAAGUGUCCAGAGGUUCCUGUUAAAGGCAGACUGUGUCGGACCGAUAAGGACUGUGAGAAGGGAUACUGGGACCAUUACAGCCACGGGGUUCAGACGGGAUCAUGUGUGAGGUUCGACGUGUUGAAGAAAACCUGUGAAGUUUCGGCCUGGUGUCCGAUAGAAGCCAAAACCAACCCUCCGAGACCUGCUCUGUUGGCGGCCGCUGAAAACUUCACCAUCCUCAUCAAAAACAACAUCCGCUUUCCCGCCUUCAACUACAUCAGGUGA